GUUCGGCGGUAUUCCCGGAAGUGUGUCGCUCUCUGGUACGCCGCCGCUCCCUCAUCGCGCCAUUGAGAAGUUAGGGAAGCUCACUACAACAUAUAGACUCGUCGUACCCGCAAGUCCACGUUGUCAAUCAUGGCCGAGCAGGAGCCCACCCCAGAGCAGCUAGCCGCCAUCGCCGCAGAGAAUGAAGCCGCCGAGGGCGUCAACUACAAGGCACCGGCACAGAAGAGUCUUCAGGAAAUCCAAGAGCUGGACAAAGACGAUGAGAGCCUUCGCAAGUACAAGGAGGCUCUGCUGGGCUCUGUCGGUGUAGUCGCAGAUCCCAAAGCUCCCAACGUCCAGGUGACACGGCUAACUCUUAUGUGUGACACAGCCCCCGCCCCCCUGACCCUUGACCUGCAAGGAGAUCUGGAGGCUUUUAAGAAGCAGUCUUUUGUGCUGAAGGAAGGUGUGGAGUACAGGAUAAAGAUCAACUUCAAGGUAAACAGGGAUAUCGUCUCGGGAUUGAAGUAUGUACAGCAGACCUUUAGGAAAGGAGUGAAGAUUGACAAGUCGGACUACAUGGUGGGCAGCUACGGGCCUCGACCGAACGAGUACGAGUUCCUGACACCUUUAGAGGAGGCGCCCAAAGGCAUGCUGGCCCGCGGCACAUACAACAUGAAAUCUAAGUUCACCGACGACGACAAACACGACCACCUGUCCUGGGAAUGGAACCUCAACAUCAAGAAGGAGUGGAAAGAUUGAGCCGUUUCCAAGCCCUGACCAUUUUCCUUCCUGUCAUCCUCCUUAUUCCUCCCUUCCUCUCCAAUCUUCUCUAGCCCUCCCCUACACCUUUACAUCGUCAUCAUUCAUCACCACC